AUUAUGAUGGAUGUUUCCUAGUUUUUGUUUGCAAAUCUCGUGACUAGUUACUACAUAUUGAUUGUUUCUUUUAGUGUACAUAUAUACUAUAUAGAUUAUUUAGGUAAUUUUGUCAUUGAAGAUAUAAACUCUCUCGCAAAAUAAGUUAAACUUGUUGAAGUCUGGAAAACUAAAUAAAAAUAUAUUUAUAGUUUUCUAAUUACAGAAGAAAAACCCCAAUAACAGUAUCAAAAAUAGAAAGAAACGAAGAUUUUGGGAGAAACUAUCUAUACCUCUUCUCUUGCCAUCUUGGUGAAAUGAUAGUUUUUUUCUGUCACAUGUGAAGAUAAGAAAUCUCUGAUAUUAUUUAACACAAAAAAAAAAUCUAAUGAGCAUAUAUUUUGUGAUAUAUUCGUCAAUCAAAGAGAUAUACAUUCUUGGAGGGACACUAACCCCCUCUUGAGGGAGGGAGAAAUACUUCAAAACAAAGAGAUAUGGUCAUUUCGUCUUUAAAUUUACAGUGACGUUUCUAAUACCAUUUUUAUUAGAAAUAACAUCUGCAGAUCAGCUAAUAAAUUGUUUGACCACUCAGUUUUUAAUCGAUCUCAAAUCUGACCAUGUAAUCUAUACUAUAUUAAAAGGGUUAUAUGAGCAUCAGAGAGGAUGUCCACGUCAGACAAUAAAAUUGACCAAUCAAAGAUCGUUUUUCUGCCACGUCAUCAAGCCCAGCUCCGUUUCUUUGGUUCUUCUUCACGCCUUUCGCGAUCCGAGAGGCCAUAGAUUUGACGUUUCCCUUUUUCAUUUUUCCAGAUCCCAUUUUGCUAGAUCAAAUCGUGAAACCCUUUGCUUUUUCUCUCUUAAUCCACGUUAUCCAGUGAUCCUAAAAGAAGUGUUAUUCUAUCUCGAAGGAUUCCGAUGAGAUCUAAACGCAGCGAUGGAGGCUUGCCGCAGAAAACCUUGCCGUCGCCGGCUCAACCUCUGUCUGAGAACCAGAGAACCGCGGCGGAGGAACAAAGGAGAAAUGAGAAGAUCGUGAGAUUCACAGAACUGAGCCGUGGUAUCUGCACGGGUUCUAAGGGAAUGAAGGAUCGGCCGAUACGAUGCAUGACGUCUUCAGGAACGUCAGAAGGAAGAGGAGAUCAGAAGGAAUCUGGUUCUCUGGUUCUCAGACGGAGGUCAGAUAUGGAAGAGAAGAAGCUUGCAGAUAGAGUCAGCGAUGAGCAAGUAAAGAGAAUUGAAUUGAUGGUUUCUGAUGUUGAUGCGAGGGAUACCGAAGAUGAGGUAUUUGAGGAAGCUAUCGACAGUUCGAAGCCUGAAUCUUUCCAAGCCGAUGAUGGGUUACACGAGGAUUUGCCUUCAGAGGAAGUGAAAGUGCCAGAGGUUAAUGGAGAGAGCCAUGGUGAGGCAAACCUGCAACAUAUAACUACGGGAGAUGCUGUACCCGGUUUUGUGACUUCCCAAAUGAAUGGUGAUGAAGGGGAAGCAGGUGCAGGGAAUGUCAGCGAGACAGCUACACUUUCUUUUUCUGAAUAUGGAAUCGUCUCCCCUGAGAAGAAAGCUGUUCUCCUCUCCUUCGAGUCAGAGAAGGAAGAGAAGAAGCUUGGAGACGAUAGAAUCAUCCAUGACCAAGUAGAGAACAAUAUAUUACUGGUUUCUGAUGUUGUCUUUGUGGAAGCUAUUGUCGGUUUCCAAGCCGAUGAUGGGUUGCACGAGGAUUUACCUUCAAAGGCAACUCCUGAACAUUCCAUGGAUGAUCUGGAAGAAGAGAAUAGCAAUGACAAGGAAGUGAAAGAUUCCAAGGUUAGUGGAGAGACCCAUGGGGAGGCAAACCUGCAACAUAUAACUGAGGGAGAGGCUGCACCAGGUUUUGUGACUUCCAAAAUGAAUGGUGACGAGGGGGAAUCAGGUGCAGAGCAGGAUGCUUUAUAAAAAAGCACAAGAAUAGAUUGAAUCAUCAAAAGCUUGAGAAUUUUGAACCAGAAAGGAAAGCAGCCGACUUUAGGUAGGGUACUCGGCCUUUCCUCAGUCUUGUGGAGAAGAAAUGGUUGGCGUUUCAGAGUGGAUCAGCACAAGAACAGAUUGAAUCAUCAAAAGCUUGAGAAUUGUGAACCAGAAAGGAAAGCAGCCGACUUUAGGUAGAGUACUCGGCCUUUCCUCAGUCUUGUGGAGAAGAAAUGGUUGGCGUUUCAGGGUAGAUGAGACAUACAAAUUUCCGUAAAAUUUUCCUUUCGCAGUGUUGUACUUUGCAUUUAGCUUGACAUUUGUACAUUAACAAAUUAGAUUUAAAUUUACAUAAGGUUCUUUGCAUGAUAUUUCUCUCUUAUCUGUCUUUAUUUUCAUUGCAGGCUUCACUUGAAUCUGAGAUGAUAAAGCCACAACUGAUCUGAAACUCUUUGGUGUCAAUCUAAAGCUAUUGGAAGACAAUCUCCCGCUUAAUAGAGUAUACAAAUUAAAAGAUGUGUCUGCUGCUCCAAUUCGUUUCUUUCAGUGACAUGAAGGGGUCGUUGGUCGGAUUUCACUGAGUAUCAAAACGAAGCUCCAAAAGCAGAAGUUACACGAUGAAGAAUCUGGAGCGAAAGACGAGGAGAUAGAGAGGAAGAUGGAGAUUGGGCAAAGGGUUUAAGCUCAGCUUGGUUGUCUCGAGGAAGAGACUAAGCGCAUUGCCUUGAUCCGUGAGAAGCUUAGCAUGAUAACGAGUAGAAAGAAGUUGCAUUGGUCAGGAAGAAGAUUGAUUUUGUCAACAAAGAAUUCUCAACAAGCCAAUCUGUAAAGCUACCACCACCAGCAAAGAAUCCUCAAGGUGAUCUAGAAAAGGUGAAACGAGGCUUGAGAAAAAUACAUAAUCCUGUUAUUGAGAAUUCUGUUCAACCUUGACAGGUUCCAAAAAGAGGAGAUUGAGUAGCCAAAUCCAGGUUGAAGAGAAAAAUGAUGAAAUCAGACUGUGGUGGAACAUCCUGAGGAAUUAAAACAAAUUGAUAGUAAUCAGAAUAGUAGUUCGGGAGUAAGCUACAAGCAAGCUACUAAAUCUGCGACAGCAAGCUGAGGCUACAUGGCACUUCUUCCCCUCGGCAACAAGGGUCCGAGAAAACCACUAGACGUUACUCGCUACCAUAUUCAGGUAAUAAUGCAAGAGUUACUUCCGGUUUUCCUGAAACAACAGGAGUCUCAGACUCGGGCGGCAACACCAUCUUUUAUCCUAUGCAAAUAUGUUUCUCCGGUUACCUGAUCAUAUAAAUUUGUUUCUGUGUUGUGCGAGCAGACAAAUCUUUAAACAUGAACAUGUUUUUUUUAGAAUUGAAUAUGAACAUGUUACCAACGCCUUAUUCCUUUUUUUUUAGUUCUUACAGCACGUGAUGGUGGACAGAAAUUAUUUUGCAGUGUGGAAUGAUCAACAGAUUUUAGUGAUACAUCAAUUGGUGUUGCACAUAAAGAAAGCAUUUGUGAUGCGGCAAGUAUAUUUGUGUUUAUUUUUUAAGAAGACGUUUUAAAGUGGACUCUAAUAAAAUAUGCCAAGAGAAAAUAGAAAGUGAUCUUCCAAGAGAUUUAAGGUUGUAAGGUUCAGUUUUGUGAAGUGAUUUAUGAAAUUGAUUCCAGGGAUCCUGUGGAAGCUUUACAAGAAGAGGAACCACGGCCUUCUCUCAACGCCCAUAUCCAAAAUAUUCAACUCAUGCUCUUGAAGAUAGGAGAUCACAAGGUAGCCUUUCAAGCUAGAGAGGAGAAUAGAGUGGCAGACAAAAUUGCAAAGGAAGAUCUCUUUUGAGAAUAAUGCCCCUAUAUUGUAUUCUGUUGCCAAGUUGGUUAAAUGUCUUAGUGAAGAGUGAUAGUGUGUAAAACUAUUUGGUUAAUGAAAAGUAUGAAGGUUGAGCCAAAUAAAAGAAAGUGAUUAAUAUAUUAACAUGUAAAUAUGGAAUAGUGUUUUGAUGAUAGUUAUGCCAAGUUGAAACAAUAUUUUUGUUUUGGCGUACUCUUCACAUCUUUUUUUCAAGUAAGCAAGUCGCGCAUAUGACAAACUACCAUCAGUUUAACAGUUUAGUAAGAAAAUAAUUUUGCAAAUUAAAUAAUUUAAUUAUCUAUCUCUCUAAGAGUUACAGUAUUGUGAUGUUACAUCAUUUUAAAAAGUGGUGAUAUAUGAAAGAAAUGAAACCAGUAGAAAAUAAAUAUUUGUUACAGCAUAUUGUAAAUCAUUGCAUUUCAAAAUUUAAAUUAACUUUAAAAGUGACUUAAAUUACUGAUUGUAGAGAAGACUUUACAUACAAGAAAAGAGCAAAAAUACAAAAGUUAGUUUUUCAUGUUGAU